CGCCAUGUUGGGGGUCCUCGCCAGGGGCGCGCAGGUGUCUGCGUAAGAUGCCGGCGCGGCGGCGCGGGCUCCCCCAAGAUGGCGUCCAUGCGGGAGAGCGACACGGGCCUGUGGCUGCACAACAAGCUGGGGGCCACGGAUGAGCUGUGGGCGCCGCCCAGCAUCGCGUCCCUGCUCACGGCCGCCGUCAUCGACAACAUCCGCCUGUGCUUCCACGGGCUCUCGUCGGCCGUGAAGCUCAAGCUGCUGCUCGGGACGCUGCACCUCCCGCGCCGCACCGUGGACGAGAUGAAGGGCGUGCUGAUGGAGAUCAUCCAGCUGGCCGCCCUGGACUCGGACCCCUGGGUGCUCAUGGUCGCCGACAUCCUCAAGUCCUUCCCGGACACCGGCGCGCUCAACCUGGACCUGGAGGAGCAGAACCCCAACGUGCAGGACAUCUUGGGGGAGCUCAGGGAGAAAGUGGGCGAGUGCGAGGCGUCGGCCAUGCUGCCGCUGGAGUGCCAGUACCUGAACAAAAACGCGCUGACCACGCUGGCCGGGCCCCUCACGCCGCCCGUGAAGCACUUCCAGCUGAAGCGCAAGCCCAAGAGCGCCACGCUGCGGGCCGAGCUGCUGCAGAAGUCCACGGAGACGGCGCAGCAGCUGAAGCGCAGCGCGGGGGUGCCGUUCCACACCAAAGGCCGCGGCCUGCUGCGCAAGAUGGACACCACAACCCCCCUCAAAGGCAUCCCGAAGCAGGCGCCCUUCCGGAGCCCCACGGCGCCCAGCGUCUUCAGCCCCACCGGGAACCGGACCCCGAUCCCGCCGUCUCGGACGCCGCUGAGGAAAGAGAGGGGCGUGAAGCUGCUGGAUAUCUCCGAGCUGGACAUGGUCGGCGCCGGCCGCGAGGCCAAGCGGCGGAGGAAGACCCUGGCAGAUGCGGAAGCGGUGGACAAGCCCGCCAAGGAGGAGACGGUCGUUGAAAACGCCACCCCGGACUACGCGGCCGGCCUGGUGUCCACGCAGAAACUUGGGUCUCUGAGCAACGAGCCGGCGCUGCCCUCCACGAGCUACCUGCCCUCCACGCCCAGCGUGGUCCCCGCGCCGUCCUACGCGCCCAGCGCCGAGACCCCCCCAGGUGCGCUUUGCAAAGUCAGAGCUGGGCCGGCUGAGCCCGGGCAGGGGAGCGGCCCCUCACCAGGCCCCUCUGCCGCAGCCCCGCCGUCCCGGGAGGCCAGCCUGCAGGCCGGCCAGCCGCCCGAGGAGCCCGGCGCCCCGAGCCCCACGCUGCCCGCGCAGUUCAAGCAGAGGGCGCCCCUGUACAGCAGCAGCCUGAGCCCCGCCACGCCGGCGCCCGCCGCGCCCUCCUCGCCCCUGACGCCCACCACGCCCCCGGCCACCACGCCCGCCACUCCGAUGGCCCCCGUGGCCAUGGUCCUGCAGGCACAGCCCCCCACCCAGCAGCAGCAGCAGCCUAAGAAGAAACUGUCGCUCACGAACGAGCAGAUGCUGGCUGCCCAGGAGAUGUUCAAGACCGCCAACAAGGUCACACGGCCCGAGAAGGCGCUCAUCCUGGGCUUCAUGGCCGGUUCCCGAGAGAACCCGUGCCAGGAGCAGGGGGACGUGAUCCAGAUCAAGCUGAGCGAGCACACGGAGGACCUGCCCAAGGCGGACGGCCAGGGCAGCACCACCAUGCUGGUGGACACAGUGUUCGAGAUGAACUAUGCCACGGGCCAGUGGACACGCUUCAAGAAGUACAAGCCCAUGACCAACGCGUCCUAGGGCCGGCCGCCGUGGCCACGAGCCCUGAGAGACCCACGGCGGCCCCGGCCCGGGCCUGUUUGUUCUUAGAGCUAUUUUUCUGGGGUGUGGGCUGUAACGUGGGGUACUUUUGUGUGAUCUGACACUUUUUUUGGAUUCAGUAUACAUUUCUGGAUGUUGACAUUAACCAGAAAGUUGUGAUUUGUAACGUUAGUGACAGCUGUGCCUGUGGGAGUUUUACCUUUUUUCCUUAAAACCCACUGACGGCAGCGCGGGUCUUUCUUGGGUAGCUGAGCCCCGCUCCUCCCCCCCCGGGGCCCAGAGGGUCCACAGAGCCUCGUCUGGUAGCCGUGGGGGCCCCCCUUCACUGUAAAACCUCUGCGUAAUUAAAGGCAGCUUUUCCAACAGAAGCCCCGGAGCCGUGCUUGGGGCCAGCGCUGCCCCGCCCCAGCUGCCGGCCCAGGGGGGCAGUGCUGCUGCUCGCCCGGCCGCGCCACCUUUCCUGGGGUGGAGAGCAGAGCUGUCCUGAAAGACCGGGGCCUGCUGGGAAGCUCCGUCACCCAGCGCAAACGCAGAACACGAGCCACAUAAAAUAAAUAAGAAAAAAGCCUUUAAAAAUGUUUUAAUACAAAAAUACUCAUAC